AUGAGCAUAAGGAAGCCAGCCUGCCUGUUCCUCCCCCUUCCUAAUCAUAGCCUUUACUCACAGACAAAACUCCCUCCCUCUCUCAUUCACUCACUCACUUUAGGCCAAUCCGUCCUCUCUCUCUCUCUCCCUCUCUCUGUGUCUCUCUCCUACUCUGAGACAGAGUCAGAACUCUUCUCCCUGACAGCCACAAACAUCUACAGCACUUAUUGCAUUCAGAGAGGGAACCUGCAAACAAAACUUCACAGAAAACUUUUGGUUCUUGUUCCAGAGAAUUUGCUGAAGAGAAGGAAAAACAAACAAACAAACAAGCAAACUAAACCAGCCCCCAAAAAAACUGUUCGUGAAGGGGGAGGAAAAGCAGGGCCUUUUAAAAAGGGAAUCACAACAACUUUUGCUGCCAGGAUGCCUUUGCUUUGGAAGAGAGGAUUUCUGUUGGUGCUUUGCUGGAUUAUAGUGAGGAGUUCCCCAACCCCAGGAUCCGAGGGGCACAGUUCAGUCACUGACUGUCCAUCAUGUGCCCUUGCCACGCUCUCAAAGGAUGUGCCCAGCUCACAGCCUGAGAUGGUGGAAGCAGUAAAGAAGCACAUACUGAACAUGUUGCACUUGAGGGACAGACCUAAUAUCACCCAGCCAGUGCCCAAGGCAGCACUUUUAAAUGCCAUCAAAAAACUCCACGUGGGAAAGGUGGGAGAGGAUGGUUAUGUGGAAAUAGAGGAUGAUGUUGGAAGAAGAGCCGAAAUGAAUGAAGUUGUGGAGCAAACCUCAGAAAUCAUCACUUUUGCAGAAUCAGGCACAGCCAAGAAAAUGUUGCACUUUGAGAUUUCCAAGGAAGGCAGUGAAUUAUCGGUGGUGGAGCAUGCUGAAGUGUGGCUCUUCCUGAAGGUCUCCAAGGCCAACCGGAGCAGGACAAAAGUCACCAUCCGCCUGUUCCAACAGCAGCGACAGCCAAAAGGCAAUUCUGAAGGAGCAGAAGAUACAGAGGAUGGGGGGCUGAAAGGUGAAAAGAGUGAGACUUUGAUUUCAGAAAAGGCAGUGGACACUCGUAAGAGUACUUGGCACAUCUUCCCUGUCUCCAGCAGUGUCCAGAGACUCCUGGACCAAGGCAAGAACUCUUUGGAUGUACGGAUUGCCUGUGACCUUUGUCAAGAGACUGGAGCCAACCUGGUGCUACUGGGCAAGAAGAAGAAAAAGGAAGAUGAUGGGGAAGGGAAAGAAAAGGAAGCUGGAGAAUUCACGGGAGAAGAGGAGAAGGAGCAAUCACAUCGGCCCUUCUUGAUGAUGCUUGCCCGGCACUCAGAGGAUCGCCAGCACAGGCGGCGAAGACGAGGCCUGGAGUGUGAUGGCAAAGUCAACAUCUGCUGCAAGAAGCAGUUCUUUGUCAGCUUCAAGGACAUAGGGUGGAGUGACUGGAUCAUUGCUCCUACAGGUUAUCAUGCCAACUACUGCGAAGGAGAGUGUCCCAGCCAUAUAGCAGGCACAUCUGGCUCAUCAUUAUCUUUCCACUCCACUGUCAUCAACCACUACCGCAUGCGGGGCCAUAGCCCCUUUGCCAACCUCAAAUCAUGCUGUGUGCCCACCAAGCUCCGGCCUAUGUCCAUGCUCUACUAUGACGAUGGCCAGAACAUCAUUAAGAAAGACAUACAGAAUAUGAUUGUGGAGGAGUGUGGCUGUUCGUAGACGCUAGUGUGCACAAGACCCUUCUUGUUAAGUAGAAAAUGUAUCAAAAGCCCAAGAAGAGGAAAGACCUGACAUGGUAUAAUAUUUUUUGAGUGAAACAAUCAUCAGAAAUAUAAGCAAAAAUAAAAGAGAGCAAGAAAAGGGAGAGAAAGAAGAAAAAAAAAAGACUUAUGGAAGAUCAGAAAAGACUUCAGCUACAAAAAAGGAAGAAAAUGUCAUGAAGAUGGGCUUGAACAAGAUAGGUCAAAAUGGUGGUAUGGAUUGGGGAUUUCCCCUUCCUUUCAGUGUGCUCCUUAUCUUGUUACAUAGUAUACUAAACAUUAGUUACUACUAGGGGAAGGAAGUUUUGUUCCCUCCCUUAGUUACCCAUCAGGUCAAGCCAUGGUAGCAGCUCAUCUAACCUGCAGAAAUUUGGACAAAGUCCAAAAGGUCAAUGAAAAGCCAUGUGUAUGAUCACUGCAGUCACUGGCGCUUUCCCCCCACAUUUACAGAGCAACUGAGUAGGUGUAUAGUGUUUGUGUUUGUAUAUAUAUGGCUAUGUAUUUACAUACAUGUCUCUAUACAUACAGACACAAUACACAUACUUAACAUUGAUCAAGGGUCAAUAGUGUGCAGGGUGUGUACACCUUCAUCUUCUGCACUACAUUUACAAAAAAAAAAAAAGAAGAAAAAAGGAAAAAAGAAAAAUGAAGAAAAAAAUGGAACAAAAAAAUUAAUGAAAGAAUAAAAGUUACAUUCUGUAAAGGUGCUUACAAUGUUAGAACUAUGCAACCUAGAUGGUUUGAAACUGUUUACCUGCAAGAGAAAGAAAAAAAAAAACAGAGAGACUUUUUUUUAAAAUGGAAGUAACUUGUUUAAAAAAAAAAUCUUUGGUGAGAGAUACUUGAAAGGAACAUGUUUGUCCAGUUGCUGGAGUCAAACAUUUCUAUAUUUUGUAAAAAAAUUUUUUAAUCGUUUACUAUUUGCACUACAAUGGUGUCUGACCUGUCUAAUCCUUAUUUAACAAAUAUUUGCAAGGGAGGGUGGUUGGGUGUGGGAGGGGUUGAGAGCUGCACUUAUUGUGAGCUAUACAAGAACUGCUACAGCACACAAAAUAGCUAUUUUUAUUAUUAUAAUAAUUAUUAUUAUUUUGUACCUUAAAAUGAAUAGACACAUACACCAAAGACAUUUGUGCAAGCCUCUAUAAAGUCUGUUUGUGGUUGGUACCAUUCACCUGUAAUGAGUUAGGGUUUGAAUUAAGUCAGUGGGUUGAUUACAUUCAGGCUAGAAUAUCUGUUAACCAGUUAAAUUCAAAUAGUGCCCUCAACAAAAAAAUCACCAUUUGAAGUAAGCCCAGAAAAUCCCUGGGAUUUGGAUCCAAAGUGCUUGGAUCUGAGGUCCAUCUGAGCAUAAUCAUACUGUUUUGUAUGUACAACACUAAACUCGGCCCUUAUGCACAGCAAAUGUGCAUUGUAGGGAAACAACUUUGUCCAAGGGAUAUACAUACAUAUGUAUAUAUUCCUGUAUGUAUGUAUGUAUGUAUACACAAGGUAUAAGCACUUCUGGCUUCAUUUUACUCUUCUUAAAACAUUGAAUGUUUGUGUGCAAAGCACAGUAUGUUAAAAGAUUUUUUGUUUAUUACUGCCAAGUGGGAGGCUACAUGUUCAAAAUGGUAUUUGUGCAAGAGAAACCUGAAGUGCUGGUAUACACUUUAAAAGUGUUGAUGUAAAAUUACAAGCAGCCUUGGGCCCUGUCCACCAUUGCUCCUGCAAAUAUACAGAAAAUGGCAAUUGUGGUUGGAUUUCUGUUUGAAAUACAGUCUUUGCUGAAAUGCUGGCUUUCUCAACCACCACCCUCUAGCAUGACAACUCUUAAUGGGUUUGCGUGUUACCUGUAAGACCUAAUUUUCAGUGUCAACACCUAACCUGAAGGGUCCAACCCGUAGGGCAUAGGUAGAUAGUUGUUGUUUUUUAAAAAAAUUUUCGCUGUCAUAUUUAAAAGAAUGUUAAACUUACAUUUGUCUUUGGGUAGGGGGAGAUGAUAAGAGGGAAUGGGAGAAACCUUUAGGCCCUGUUUACACUGAGUUUGAUAACCCUGAGCCUGAAGCUUCAGACUCUCCUAGGUUUGCUGAACCAAGCCCCUGUUAGUUGCCUUCUGAAGGGGACAGGCUUCUAAAUGCCUCUCCUGGAAAGAAGUACUAACAAAGCUCCCCAUCUUGCUGAGAGCACAGUCUGUUUAAAAAAAAAAAAAAAAAAGAAAAAGAAAAAAAAGAAAAAAGAUAGCACAAUAUAACCCAGUCACACUGGCUAGGGAUAGUGUGUUAGCACCUUCAUGGCAAGAACCAUGUUUAAACAGUGUAAUCAGGGCCUUCAUUUUUUGUCAGCCAAAACUGUUUGUGUGUGCAUGUGUGCGCGUGUGUUCUCUGCGUGUGCAGAUGUGUGUGCGCAUGGGCGCAUGUCUGUAUUUGUAUGUAUCUAUAGAGAUAAAAAUGAAAAGGGAAAAAAAAAGAAAAAAAAGAAAGAAAUAAAAAAAAAAUAGCCCUUUCCUCUGUUGAAUAAGUAUCAACAUACAUGCAUAUAGCUAAGUUUUCUAUCUAAUUUAUUCCACAAUAUUUAGAUUGCAUAGUACAGCUAAUGGGUUAUACAUUUAUGUACUUUUUAUACAACACAGUUUUUUUACAGACUUGUUUGCAAUUUGCAAAAAAAAAAAGUUGAAAAAAUAUAAUUGGUUAAACACUAAAUUUGUCACUGAAGUGUUCUGUAAAAUAUCAAGGCUUUCUGAUUUAAAUUAUUUACAGAAGUUUGUUGGGUUUUUUGUGUUUUCUUCCUGGGGAAAGUGAGGGAUACCAAAUGCUAGUAGGAAAAUUUUCAGGAACAAAAAAAGGAUGGGCAACUAAUUUAUCUUUAUAAAUUUAACAAAGUUCUUGGCCCUGCUUAUUUGAAGCAUGUGGCAGAAUUUCUGUCAAUUUUUCUAGAAGCAGAGCCAGCCUUUGGAGCAGCAGGAACAGGGACACAGUCUGUGAGAAUUGUUGAGGAUACCAUUUAGUUCACUGGUCUUUGUACUUGGCCUUAAAAUUGGGUGCCCCAGAACUCUUAUUUAUAUCAUCAGAUGUCCCAGAACGGUUACUUGUGUCAACAGGCCUUUUGAUGUCAACUGGCCUCCUUACAAGAUCAGUAAAACUACUUACAUGAGUAAAGCUGUGCCAGGGUGAAUGACAGGUUCCUUCUGCUGUGGGCACUAUCAAGGGAGAGAAAGGAUUCUGAGUGAAUGGCACCACAGCCAAAGCUGUUUAAUCCAAUUAUUUGAAUGAGGCUGUUUGCAUCAUGGUGGAUCUGAACACAGUGGUAAGGGAAACGGGUCAGAUGGCUCACAUUGAUAAAAUUUAUUCUCAACAGUGAUUACUUAGAGAGCAUUGGAGACCAGAAAUCCCCAAACCUUCCCCUAGAUGACAAUGGCAAAACUCCCAUUGGCUGCUAGCAAAGUUGGUUUAGAAAAAGUCAUGGUUUUUCUGGCUAAAGGAGAAAGACCCUUUAAAAAAUAAUUCUCAUCCUGAAUUUGAUAGCAGGUGUAAUGUGAUGAGUAGGGACUGGCCUGAAAAACAUGAAACUAGCCUGAGACAACUUCCAAGUGAGGAAAGAAUAUAGGAUUUUAGAUAUUGUGAGCAUGUUUUAUGACAGCUAUACCAAAAACAGAAAAAAGUUUUCAAAUCAAGAAGUAAGUGUUCCAAGCCCUAUUUUUUUAGCGUGCAUUUGUAUGUGUAUACUGGUCACAAAUUUAAAAGAUUUCUCCCUCCAAUCUCUAGCAUCAGUCAUGGGGUUUUGAUUUGUGGUCAGAGUUAUUUAAAGUAGGGGGAAAUGAAAAACUGUAUGAUAAAGUAAAAUAAGAAAUUUGGAUGUUAAUCAAGACUGAAUGAUUCCAGCAAAAUAGCCCAUCCCUGAUAAUUUGAUUUAAUUAAAUCUGCAUGUACUUAAAAUAGCAUUAGAAAUUGUUACCAUAUUUAAGCAGUUGUUCUAGGGCAUGCAGCCUUAAAAAUUACUUCUCCUUUCAGGUAUGACUGUACCAAAAAAAAGAAAGAAAGGCUCUUAACUACUAACACAUUCCUUUCCAUAUAACCUACUUACUGUUUAUAUUGAGAAUACAUUUUCAGUAUAUAUUUAAUCACAGAAAUGUAUUUGUUUAGUGCCUCCAUAAUCUUACUGCUUGAGAGCUGACCACAUUUGGUUGUCUUUUCAUAUCUCCAUGUCAGAUGCUCUGGUUACAAAGCCUAAGAAACUGGCAUAAGUGCAUGCUAAGAUGUUUCUUUGGGAGGGCUGAAUGUAUUUGUAUCCUUUAGAUUUAGCAAAAGGAAAUGCUUACAGAUGCUUGUAAUUAUUAUGCACUCAUGGUCUAGUGCCCAAAACUGUAAAAUUGAAUGAAAUGGGAGUUUUGUCAUUGACUUCAAUAGAAACACUCUCCUACCAAAUCACUACAGAGUAGGGUUGCAUUAUAUAUACCUCCUUUUUUUUGUACUUAGUUGAGAAAUAAGCUGUCAAAUUCAUUUAACAGUGACACCACAAGACCAUGUAGAGGCUAGCAGCAAUAUCUCUUAGGCAGAGAACUUCAGGCAUCUGUAAAGUUUAUGUGCAAAAUUAAAAAUUGAUGGGCUAUAGUUACUCAUGUGGAAUUGUGCCUUACUCUGUAAGCAAUGCCAUUGAUUUUCAGAGGGUCUCCUUUCCUAGAAAGUUACCAGUCAGCAUCAAUAAAUUGAGAAAAAUCUAUUUCUGAAGUAUAGGUAGAUACAAUGGAAAUUAUUAAGUUCUUUAAGUUAAACCUCAUGUCAAUAGUGUACAUCAGUAUAAGAAACAGAUGCUAAUCCCUUUUCUUAUACUGAAAAAAGCUUUACUCCCCCAUAUGCUCUCAUUGCAUUACAUGUGGAGUAAAACGUUUUCAGCAUGAGUAAAUAAAAUCAUAAUUUGAUCUUCUGUGAACAACUAGAAACAAGGUUUUCAUGGGCCGAAACAAGCAGCACUUCUGGGUUUUAUAGCUAUUUAUUUUUUGAGAUAUAAUGAAUCUGUUAAUUCUCAAUGGGUUUCUUUGUAUUUAAAUACUUUCAAAAACAACACAUUGAC